AUGUCGGAGGCCAGUGGUGUGCUGGAGAAAUCAGACAGCAGACUGACGCGGGCGUCUACUCGGCGGACGCUGGAGCGCUAUCAUACCAGACCGACGCAAGAUGCCUCAGACGUGCUGGAUUUGCCUUACGACAUCCUCAACGAUGAGGCCGACAUGAAUGAAUACUUGGAGGAGACGACGACCGGUGUGAUUGCCAAGAAGACGGUGUCCAGAGUUACAGGAACGCUGGAAGAGCAUGACUUGGUUACUUUCAAGAUUGGCGACCCGGAAAACCCAAAGAACUGGUCCAAGCCGUACAAAUGGUGGUGCACCAUGGCCGUGGCAUUCACUUGCUUCACAGUCGCCUUCAAUAGUGCCGUCAUCACGGCCGACUUGGAAGGUGUCUCACAAACGUUCCACGUGUCAGAGGAAGUGUCGCUCUUGACCAUCACCAUGUUCGUUAUUGGAUUCGGUGUCGGUCCCCUCGCAUUCGCACCAUUGUCAGAACUCUACGGUCGGAAACCCGUCUAUGUCAUCACCCUGGCUCUAGCGGUCAUCUUUGAGAUCCCCUGUGCCGUGGCUCAGAACAUUGGGACACUGCUGGUCUGUCGCCUCAUCGACGGCAUCGCCUUCUCUGCGCCCAUGACCCUCGUCGGCGGAACGCUGGCCGAUCUGUGGAAGAACGAAGAGCGGGGUGUCCCCAUGGCUGUCUUUUCUGCUGCGCCCUUCAUCGGUCCUGCGAUCGGCCCCUUGGCCGGUGGCUUCCUCGGUGACGCCGCGGGCUGGCGAUGGCUUUACUGGAUCCAAAUGAUCCUCGCCGGCCUCUGCUUGGCUAUCCUGACGUUCACUGUGCCGGAGACCUACACCCCGGUCCUUCUGGACAGGCGGGCGAAGAAACUGCGUAAGGAGACGGGCAACAGCAAAUUCGUGACAGAACGGGACCUGGACGUGCGGCCCUUGACACAGCAACUCGCCAUCUUCCUCCUCCGGCCUCUGCAACUGCUGUUCCUCGAACCCAUCGUCCUCCUCAUCUCGCUGUACAUGUCGGUGCUCUACGGCCUGCUGUACAUGUUCUUCGUCGCCUACCCGAUCAUCUACGUCGAGGGCAAGGGCUGGUCCGAGGGCAGCACGGGUCUCAUGUUCAUCCCGCUGGCGCUGGGCGUCGUUCUCUCGGCCGUCUGCUCGCCCCUGGUCAACAAGCACUACCUGUCCAUCUGCGCCAAGUACCCGGACGGCAAACCGCCCGCGGAGGCUCGCCUGAUCCCCAUGAUGCUGUCGUGCUGGCUGAUCCCCGUGGGACUGUUCAUCUUCGGCUGGACCUCGUACCCGGACGUGUCGUACUGGGGCCCCAUGAUGGGCGGCUUCCCCGUCGGCUUCGGCUUCAUCUUCCUCUACAACUCGGCCAACAACUACCUGGUGGACACUUACCAGCACCUCGCUGCCUCGGCCCUGGCCGCCAAGACCUGCAUCCGCUCCUUCUGGGGCGCCAGCGUCGUCCUUUUCACCGUCCAGAUGUACCACACUCUGGGCUACCAGUGGGCCAGCUCGCUCCUGGCCUUCCUCGCCCUCGCGUGCUGCGCCAUCCCCUACGUCUUUUACUUCUACGGCGCCCGCAUCCGCCGCCUCAGUCGGUACGCGUACAAGGAGGAGAACGAGGAGUCUCCCGUGAGACCCCAGAGGGCCGGGGAAGUGUAA